AUGAAGAAAAUCCAGUGCAAGGGAAGGCCAAUUGUGCUGGAAACCGGGACAGUGGAAAGCCCAUGCGGCCCAGUCUCAGAUCCCAGAAGACCUCCAGUUAAGGUAGACUACAAGUUCCUGAACGUUAAGUCAGGAGAUUUUGGUCUGGGGCCCGAUUGGCUCGUGGGCGAUGUGAGUUUGAGACGUCACAUCCCCACAGAAGACGCAGAGCAGGAGGAAGAAGAGGAGGAAAUGGCAGCUUCUCAGGGAUGGCUGACAUUCCAGGAUGUGGCCAUAGACUUCACUGAAGAGGAGUGGGAAUGCCUGGACUUCAGUCAGCGAGAAUUGUACAGGGGCGUGAUGUUAGAGAACUACAGGAACCUGGCCUCCUUGGGUUUUCCACUAAAUGAGAGUACAGAUACCGGAGAGAAGACUUACAAUUGUGAAUAUGUUGAUGUUUCUAUUCAGUCUUCAAAUCUCACUCAACAGCAGAGUAUUCAGAAUCCACAGAAAAGUUACAAGUGUACGAAAUAUCAGAAAGCCUUUAGUAACUCAUCCAGUCUAAGUAGACACAGAAAAAUUCAUUCAGGACAGAAACCUUUCAAAUGUACAGAGUGUGGCAACACCCUUAAUCAGAAUUCAGAGCUUAGUCAAGAUCAGCAAGUCCACACUGGCAAGAAACUUUAUGAAUGUAAAGAAUGUGGAAAAGCAUUUAUGUCUUACUCAAACCUUAGUCGACACCAGCGAAUUCACACUGGGGAGAAGCAUUAUAAAUGUACAAAGUGUGGCAAAGCCUUUAAUCAGAAGUCACAUCUUACUGAACACCAGAGAAUUCAUACUGGGGAGAAGCCUUAUAAAUGUGAGGAGUGUGGCAAAGCUUUUAAUCAGAAGUCACAUCUUACUCAACACCAGAGAAUUCAUACUGGGGAGAAGCCUUAUAAAUGUAAGGAUUGUGGCAAAGAAUUUCACCAGUGCUCAGGUCUUACUUACCAUCAGAGAAAUCAUACUGGAGAGAAACCUUAUAAAUGUACAGAAUGUGGGAAAUCCUUUAGACAGAACUCAAUUCUUACUCAACACCAGCGAAUUCAUACUGGGGAGAGGCCUUAUAAAUGUAAGGAUUGUGGCAAAGACUUUAGCAGGCACUCAGGUCUUACUUACCAUCAGAGAAUUCAUACUGGAGAAAAACCUUAUAAAUGUAAAGAAUGUGGAAAAGCCUUCAGGGACCAGUCAACUCUUAGUCAACACCAGCGAAUUCAUACUGGAGAGAAACCUUACAAAUGUAAAGAAUGUGGAAAAGCCUACAUCAAGCACUCACAUCUUACUCAACAUCAGAGAAUUCACACUGGAGGAAAAACCUUACAAAUAUUACGAUGGUUUCAUAUCAAGAUAAUGGUUCCAGCUACUCUUCGGAACAGAUCCUGUGGGGAUAACAACAGAGGUCACCCUGGGGCCCCUGAAUGA